AUGGAGCCUCAGAUCGAUGAGGAGCUAGAGAUCGUUGACCCUGGUCCCCAAAAUCAGUCAUUGUUGCCGCAAGAACGAUAUCAUCGAUCAGAGGACAUUUGGAAUGGCGAGGAACUGGGCCCACUUACGUGCUGUGGUCGCACUAAGAAGAUGGCACAAAUUCAUAUUCAAGAUAAUCGGUUGAUUAACAUUAUCAAGUUGGUAUGGCUAGAAGGAUUGUUUAGGGCCCCUUCCAGAGAGAUAGAUCAUUGCCUAAUAUCAGCCCUAGUUGAGCGAUGGCAACCGGAGACUCAUACGUUCCAUCUUCCACAUAGUGAGAUGUCAAUCACCCUACAAGAUGUGGAAGUCAUUUUCGGACUUCCUAUAGAUGGUGAGGUCUUGGUUGGGCUGACUGCUGUGGUGGAUGGGGAUUGGAGGCAACUGUGCUUGGAGUUGCUUGGUUUUACUCUGGCGAAUGACAACAAAACUUUGGUGGGGCAAAGAAUUCUUAUCAGCUGCCUUGUUGAUGCCAUUGCAGCACCACUGCCUCAUGAUGUAACGGAGAUUCAGAUACACCAAUAUGCCAGGUGCUAUAUUUUAGCACUACUAGGGGAUAAGCUUUUCAUGGACAAGUUGGGAGAUAGGAUGCAUCUGAUGUUCUUGGAGUUCCUGUGGAACCUUCGUGAUCCACCACAGUAUAAUUAA